AUGAGUGAGACGGUGGAACUAGUUGGUCUAAGGAAUGGUUGCAGAAAGUUCUUCUUCGAUCGGGACGACUAUGAGGCUGAGCUAAGACAAUCCAAGGGCGAGCUGAAGAGAGCGGAGCCGAAAAGAUCGGAGCUGAAAAGAGCGGAGCUGAAAAGAGCGGAGUUGAAAAGAGCGGAGCUGAAAAGAGCGGAGCUGAAAAGAUCAGAGCUGAAAAGAUCAGAGCUAAAAAGAUCAGAGCUGAAAAGAUCAGAGCUGAAAAGAUCAGAGCUGAAAAGAGCUGAGCUGAAAAGAGCUGAGCUGAAAAGGGCGGAGCUGAAAAGAGCGGAGCUGAAAAGGGCGGAGCAGAAAAGAGCGGAGCUGAGAAGAUCGGAGCUGAAUAGAGUGGAGCUGAAAAGAGCGGAGCUGAAAAGAGCGGAGCUGAAAAGAGCGGAGCUGAAAAGAGCGGAUCUGAGAAGAUCGGAGCUGAAUAGGGCGGAGCUGAAAAGAGCGGAGCUGAAAAGAUUGGAGCAGAGAAGAGCUGAGCUGAAAAGAGCGGAGCAGAAAAGAGCGGAGCAGAAAAGAGCGGAGCUGAAAAGAUCGGUGCUGAAAAGAUCAGAGCUGAAAAGAUCAGAGCUGAUAAGAUCAGAGCUGAAAAGAUCAGAGCUGAAAAGAUCAGAGCUGAAAAGAGCUGAGCUGAAAAGAACGAAGCUGAAAAGAGCGGAGCUGAAAAGAACGGAGCUGAAAAGAGCGGAGCUGAAAAGAGCGGAGCUGAAAAGAGCGGAGCUGAAAAGAACGGAGCUGAGUAGAGCGGAGCUGAAAAGAGCGGAGCCGAAAAAAGCGCAGCUGAAAAGAAAGAAGAGCGGAGCUGAAAGGAGCGGAGCUGAAAUGAGCGGAGCUGAAAAGAAAGGAGCUGAAAUGAGCGAAGCUGAAAAGAGCAGAUCUUCCCUAGCCUCUAGGCUAGAUCCUGUCCUAGAAACCUUUUACGGUGGGCUACAUUCCGAAGAUUUGUUGUUGCUGCUAUUGCUGUUGGUGGUGAUAGUGUUGUUGCCAGUGUCGCAUAAAAUCUCAACAACAUCACCACCAACACCACCACCACCGCCACCAUUGCAAUGCAAUGGAUUAAAAAAAAAAAAAAAAUAG